AUGAACGGCGACAGCGUCCUCACUUUCACGUGUAACACAGGGUACAACCUGGUCGGUCCUUCUACACUUACCUCUGCACAGAUGCAGCAAUGUCCCAUCCUGACAGAACCUACAGACGGUACCAUGAGCGGCGAAAACGUCCUCACCUUCACGUGUAACACAGGGUACAACCUGGUCGGUUCUUCUACACUCACAUGCCAGUUGGAUGGGACUUGGGAUGGAAGUCCACCAACAUGUGAAGCUGUACAGCUGCAGUGCCCUACUCUGACACCUCCUUUAAACGGUUACUUGGACUUAUACGGCACAAGCUUCAGGUGCCACGCAGGAUACAACCUGGUCGGUCCUUCUACACUCACCUGCCUGGAGAAUGGGACUUGGGAUGGAAAUCCUCCAACAUGUGAAGUUGUGCAGUGUCCAGUACUAACAGCUCCUGAGAACGGAGGAAAGACUGGCGGCAAUUCCUACCAGGACAGGGUCACCUUCACGUGUGAUCCUGGAUACGUGCUUGAUGGAAGCUCCAGCUUGACUUGUGGAGCUGACGCCACGUGGAGUGGGGUCGUCCCAGACUGCAUAUUUUAUGCUGGACAGUGCCCAUUACCGACAGACCCUGUAAACGGUGCGAUAAGCGGCUUCUAUUAUGGAGAAAUGGUCACCUUCACGUGCAACACAGGAUACAGCCUGGUCGGUCCUUCUACACUUACCUGCCAGAUAGAUGGGACUUGGGAUGGAAGUCCUCCAACAUGUGAAGCUGCACAGAUGCAUCAGUGUCCCAUCCUGACAGCACCUACAGACGGUACCAUGAGCGGCGAAAACGUCCUCACCUUCACGUGUAACACAGGGUACAACCUGGUCGGUCCUUCUACACUCACAUGCCAGUUGGAUGGGACUUGGGAUGGAAGUCCACCAACUUGUGAAGCUGCACAGAUGCAUCAGUGUCCCAUCCUGACAGCACCUACAGACGGUACCAUGAGCGGCGAAAACGUCCUCACCUUCACGUGUAACACAGGGUACAACCUGGUCGGUUCUUCUACACUCACGUGCCAGUUGGAUGGGACUUGGGAUGGAAGUCCACCAACAUGUGAAGUUGGACAGUGUCCCAUACUGACAGCCCCUGCAAACGGUGCGGUGAGCGGAUCUAAUAGUUAUGGAGAUGAGAUCACCUUCACGUGUAACACAGGAUACAACCUGGUCGGUUCUUCUACACUUACCUGCCAGUUAGACCUGACCUGGAGUAGAAGUGCACCGAAAUGCUUAAUUGUGCAGUGUCCAGUACUAACAGCUCCUGAGAACGGAGGAAAGACUGGCGGCAAUUCCUACCAGGACAGGGUGACCUUCACGUGUGAUCCUGGAUACGUGCUUGAUGGAAGCUCCAGCUUGACUUGUGGAGCUGACGCCACGUGGACUGCACAACAGUGUCCCAUCCUGACAGCACCUACAAACGGUACCAUGACUGGCGAAAACGUCCUCACCUUCACGUGUAACACAGGGUACAACCUGGUCGGUCCUUCUACACUCACAUGCCAGUUGGAUGGGACUUGGGAUGGAAGUCCACCAACAUGUGAAGUUGGACAGUGUCCCAUACUGACAGCCCCUGCAAACGGUGCGGUGAGCGGAUCCAAUAAUUAUGGAGAUGAGAUCACCUUUACGUGCUACACAGGAUACAACCUGGUCGGUUCUUCUACACUUACCUGCCAGUUAGACCUGACCUGGAGUAGAAGUGCACCGACAUGCUCAAUUGUGCAGUGUCCAGUACUGGCAGCUCCUGAGAACGGAGGAAAGACUGGCGGCAAUUCCUACCAGGACAGGGUGACCUUCACGUGUGAUCCUGGAUACGUGCUUGAUGGAAGCUCCAGCUUGACUUGUGGAGCUGACGCCACGUGGAUCGAGCUGGAUUGCCCCUACCCGCUAUCUAGCCCUUCAAACGGCAGUAUAAUGUAUGUCUACACAAGCUUGGACUACCCCGCGUACUUUGGAUUGGUGGCCUUCUACUCAUGUGACCCAGGAUACACGCUGAAUGGCAACUUCUCACGGUUUUCUGUACAACAGUGUCCCAUCCUGACAGCACCUACAAACGGUACCAUGAGCGGCGAAAACGUCCUCACCUUCACGUGUAACACAGGGUACAACUUAGUUAGAUAUAUCUUUGCCUUCUCAUGUACAGCCGUACCGUGCCCGGCCUUGACAGCACCUACAAACGGUGAUGUGAGCGGUGACAUGGUCCUCACCUUCACGUGUAACACAGGGUACAACCUGGUCGGUUCUUCUACACUUACCUGUCAGGAAGAUCUGACUUGGGAUGGAAGUCCUCCAACAUGUGAAGUUGUGCAGUGUCCAGUACUGGCAGCUCCUGAGAACGGAGGAAAGACUGGCGACAAUUCCUACCAAGACGUGGUGACCUUCACGUGUGAUCCUGGAUACGUGCUUGAUGGAAGCUCCAGCGUGACUUGUGGAGCUGACACCACGUGGAGUGGGAUCGUCCCAACCUGCACACUUGGACAGUGUCCCACAAUGACCCCCCCUGCAAACGGUGCGGUGAUCGGAUCCAAUAAUUAUGGAGAUGAGAUCACCUUCACGUGUAACACAGGAUACAACCUGGUCGGUUCUUCUACACUUACCUGCCAGUCAGACUUGACCUGGAGUAGAAAUCCUCCGACAUGCUCAAUUGUGCAGUGUCCAGUACUGGCAGCUCCUGAGAACGGAGGGAAGACUGGCGGCAAUUCCUACCAAGACGUGGUGACCUUCACGUGUGACCCUGGAUACGUGCUUGAUGGAAGCUCCAGCGUGACUUGUGGAGCUGACGCCACGUGGAGUGGGAUCGUCCCAACCUGCACACGUGUGCAAUGCCCAGCGCUGCAAUCUCCAACGAAUGGUGAUUCGAGUGGCGACAACUACUACCAGGACGUGAUGAGCUUCACCUGUGAGUCUGGUUACGAACUGGAAGGUUCGGCAUCCAUAACGUGUCAGGCAGACGGCACCUGGAGUGGUAGUGCUCCCAGCUGUACACGCGCACAGUGCCCGCCGCUCACAGCACCUGACAACGGUAGAAAGACUGGUGACAAUUUCUACCAAGACGUGGUGACGUUCUUGUGCGAUCCUGGAUACGAGCUUGUUGGACUUUCCAGCUUGACCUGCCAAGCUGACAGAACAUGGAGUGGGAAUGUCCCAACCUGUACACGUGUCCAGUGCCCAGUGUCGUCGUCUCCUAUUAAUGGUAUUUCGAGCGGCUCCAACUUUUACCAGGACGUGGUACAGUUCACGUGUGACCAGGGAUAUGAUCUGGUGGGAGAGUCCAUUUCUACCUGCCAGGCAGACCGGACAUGGAGCAGUAACAUCCCGUCAUGCAACGACAUUGAUGAAUGUUCAGCUGUAAAUGGCGGCUGUGACCAUGUAUGUACCAACACCAUUGGCAGCUUCCAGUGUUCCUGUGUAGAUGGAUUCGAAUUAAGCGUAGACAGCCGCACAUGUAAUGAUGUCGAUGAAUGUACCAGUGGAAAUGCCGGCUGUCAUCAGAACUGUAACAACAUCUUCGGGAGCUACGGGUGUUCUUGUGGAGCUGGCUACAGAUUAAACGACGAUGGUCACACUUGUAGUGACGUUGAAGAAUGCUACAUUGGAAAUGGUGGAUGUGAACAAACCUGCACCAAUUUUAUCGGGAGUUUCCAGUGCUCCUGUCAAAAUGGGUACCGUCUGAAUAACGAUGGCUUUACUUGCGAUGACAUCGACGAAUGUGCCUCUGGGAAAGGUGGCUGUGCGCAGACUUGUACGAACGGCAUCGGGAGUUUUCAGUGCUCUUGUGGAACUGGCUACGGUCUGAACGCCGAUAGCGUUACGUGUGACGACUUGAAUGAGUGUGCCACUGCAAACGGUGGAUGUGACCAAAACUGCAUCAACUCCAUAGGAAGCUUUGAGUGUUCCUGUGAAAUGGGCUAUAACUUACAUGGCGAUGGAUUUUCCUGUGAUGACAUAGAUGAAUGUGAUACAGAAAAUGGCGGCUGUGCCCAGAUUUGCAACAACACCGUCGGUAGUUUUGAAUGCUUUUGUCGUACCGGCUACAUCCUGAAUGUCAAUGGGUUAGUCUGUGAUGACGUUGAUGAAUGUGAAACAGCAAAUGGAGGCUGUGGGCAGUUCUGUAAUAACACCAUCGGUAGCUUCAACUGCUUCUGUGCGACUGGUUACAACCUAAGCAUGGAUGGGAUCGCCUGUGAUGGACUGCCACCUCCUACAAACGUCACCAUUAGCCGUAUCACCGAGAGUUCGGCCUCUGUCCAAUGGUCAAAGACUGCAGGAGCCCUGGUGGUUGCCUACCGAGUGUGGGUAACAGACAAGGAAACAACACUCACAGUUUUCAAACAGUAUUUGACAGACUCAGCGACUUCUGCAGCGUUCAUGUCUUUAACCCCUGCUACAGAGUACGUGGUGACUGUAGCCUGUAUCAGUCUAUCCAUCGAGGGACCCCAAGCAAGCCUAACCAUCGUAACAGAUACCGAUCUUCCUCGGCAGCUGUUACUGAGCGACAUCAGGUACAGCAGCCUGACUCUAUCCUGGAUCCCACCAGUCGCUGAACUGUUAGAAUACGAACUCAUGUACAGGAGCACGGAGCGUCACAGACUGCGGCGGUCACUCAGCUCCAUCGCCCUUCCUGGUGACGCCGGUAACUAUCGGAUACAAGGACUUGUCCCUGCUACUCAAUACGUCAUCAGCUUGACGGCUGUCAGUCGGUUUGGGCAGAGCAGCACGGUUAAUUCAACGGCUGUCACAGCUACGGACCCGCCCUCCGAGUUGGAAGUUAAAGAUGUUUCCUCCACCUGGCUGAACAUGGCAUGGACACCACCUGUAGCAGCUGUUGUCUCCUAUGCUCUUACGGUGACGGACGUUACGACCCAGGAAAAGAAACAUUUCAGCAUACCCCCUGCUGCCACAGACUUCAACAUAACGGGGCUCUUCCCAUCGACGGAGUACAUCCUCCGGAUAGCCGCCGUCAGCAUGUACGGACGUAGUGUGGAGGCUGUGAGCUUUGGAACCACCGGUCAUAGGCCAACAACUGACGCAACGACAGUGCUGACAACAUUAAUCGGUAUGCGCAAAGAGGAGGGCAUCUAUCUGCUGAGCAAGUCUUCCGAACUCAUCAGAUCGACCCAAGGUGUCACAGUGUCAGCGAUGGAGACACUAACUAAAGUCGUAACGCACACCUUGUCCAGUCUAGUUCGACUGCUGCCGGCAAGAAACUCCACUGUCCUUGAUACCACACGGCCGCUCUUUGAAAUGGAUUUCAUAGAUGUCAACUCCGUGGACGUGUCUCCUAAACAACAGCUGAAGAACAUAAAAGACAAGCAACGGCAAUCUGACCAUCAGCUUCGUAACGCUGGGUUAUCCUUACUAAACAACAUGGAACGAACAGCAGACAGCCUUCUGAGCAUAUUGCCAGACACCGAAGACUACGUGAAGGCGUUUGAAAACGACGAUGUCGAUGUCAACAUGACGGUUGCAAGGUCUACCAAAAAUGAUACAGUAGCACUUCAGUGUGGUCAAGUUUUUGUGUCAGCAACUAUCACACAUUGUGCUUUAGAUGGGGUUACAGAUUCUAAGAUGAUUGUGAUGAAGAGCAAUCUAUUUUCCUGGAACGUAUCUACCUUUGGGCAAAACGUCAGCACACCCUUGACUAUGUUUUCUUGGGGACCUCGACACUUUGACAACUGCUCUACGAAGCUGAACCUUUCGAAGCCCAUCUCAUUUGCAUCUAUUGAACGACCCAGACGUCACAAACGUGAUAUUCAGGAACGUGGUUCUGUUGGGACACAGUCUGCGAUGGGAGACGUCGCCGGCGGACAGAACAGCAGCGUGACGAUGGCUCUUCACGCGUUUGACGUACCAGCUGAUUCCGUUGUCGUUGUGAUGCAGUUGUCGUGGUGGGAUCACGCCGCUGCCUUCUGUGUGUUCUUCCGGUACGACACGCCUCCAACAGAGGAGCUGUAUGACGACAUGGUGAUAGUUCAGGAAGAAGACGUUUUUCUGGCUUGGCAUCGAGGCACAAACAGCUUGCAGACAUUCACUCCAAAUAUCCAGAGACGGCGGGGGAGACUCUAUGUUUGGAUACAGAAAUUAGAAUCUGGCAUUCUUCUGCAAACGACACCUUCGCCCGAAGAUUACGUACUUCAGGCAACUACAGUCAGCUUGGAUCUAUUUGAUAGUACCAUCAGAUGUACCUGCAGCUUUCCCAAGCCUAAGCCAGUCGUUGGUGGAUCCCUGCACGUUCUUCCAAAUUCUAUUGAUUUCGACGACAUCUUCAAAGAUCCCAACAUCCUCAAUAACAACGACAUUGUUUUCUGUAUGGUUAUCGGCUCGUGGGCUCUGUACAUUGUAAUAUUGGUUAUACUCCACGUAGACUUUCAGCGACUCCGAGUAAGUAUAUUUACGACUCCCGGCAAUAAGAAGCCAUUGCCCCUGCUGUCCGUCCUCCCUCCGGACAGGAUGCCAGCCCCAUAUCUGUACCAGAUCACCGUGAACACCGGCUCCAUGUUUGGUGCUGGAACAUCGGCACGAAUCGGGUUCAGAUUAUUCGGAUCAAACAGCAAAACAACAGUCAAAGUUAUCAACCCGUGUGGAGAAUCCAUGCUAAGAGGUGGUACUCAUGACCUCAUCAUGCCCCAGAAGACGUCACUGGGACAUCUGGAGCUGCUGCAUAUCUGGCACGACAACACCGGUGUGGAUGAAACCUCGUGGUUUCUGAAGGAAGUCAUUGUGAAGGACUUGCAAACAGAGGAAGUUUUCACCAAGGCAGAACGCCUGUCCUGUUGCUGUGCUGUCUUCAGCAGCAUGAUGCUGUCUAGUGCCAUGUGGUACAAGAAUGACGAAGGUUUUCAGACCAAGAACACCGUGUAUGAUCUGGGUUUUGUACAGUUCACCCUACAAAUAUUGGUCCUGGCAGUCCUUUUUGCCUUGGUUUGUAACCAUAGGCUGUCUGACAAGCAAACGACAUACAAUAUCAAGAAAGAAGAACUCCACAUGCAUCUUUAUGAUCAGAAAGCUCCUAAGAAGGUGUAUCCUCCCGGGGCUGCAUCUUCAAAAAGGAUGAAAGUAAAAAAUGAACAGCGGCGGAAGUCUGUCUUGGUCGUAGUGGAGUACGUUCUCCUGUUCCUGUUUGUUGUGAUUCUGUUCUACAUCAGCCAUCACGAUAAAGACCCGUUUGCUUUCCACGCAUCGCAGACGUUGUCCGACAAGCUUCUAGAACAACACGACUCGAUCACCACUGCUGACGAGUUUUGGACAUGGAGUGAGGAGAUCCUCCUGCCUGUUUUGUACCCGUCGUUCUGGUACAAUGGGUGGAAGAUGAAGUACCUGGACCGACAGUUUCCACUUUAUACUGAAGCAUUCAGAAUCGGUCCGCCACUCCUAAACUCAAGUCCGGCAACAACACUAUUCUCCGACCUUCGAGAUAGCGAGUGGAUCGACAAAUACACAGACUAUCUGGUUCUGGACCUGUCUCUAUACUUCCCGGCCCAAAAACUGUUCAGUGUCCUGAGACUGACCGUACAACAGGAAGAUAUCGGCCAUCUGUCUACAUCUGCAACUGUGGAAACACACAGGCUGUUCCAGUAUGAAAAUGGCUCGGAUGACGUCAAGUUGUUUUCCUAUAUCAUCUUUUUGUCAUUAUUUGUGAUUCAUCUCGUCAAAGAAAUGAUCACCAUGAAGAAGGAGGGAAGGAUGUUCUUCAGGUCCAUGUGGAACUUCUUAACCCUGGCGAGUAUGAUUGGAUCUGCAGCUGCCAUAUGUGUCUUUGGGAUAAGGUACCACUUAGCAUCUGCAGCACUUUCAGAAUUGGCCAAUGCAACAGGCGAACUUGGAAUAGACCAUCUUGUUGACUUAAGCACUACGUUCUGGUGGGAUAAUGUUUUCAAGCACGUACUGGCCAUGGUUGUCUUCAUCAACACACUCACGUUACUCCGAGUCGUCCGCUUCAGCAAGACCAUCGCCAGGUUCAUCGCCCUGCCGGGGGCCAUGAAAAACGAGUUGAUCGGCUUCUCAAUUAUCGGCACUAUAGCCCUUAUGGCUUUCAGCUGCUCAGGGACACUGCUGUUUGGGACUCACAUGAAGGCCUACACCAACGUGUUGCACACCAACUUCGCCUUAUUUGAGAUGGUGCUGGGCAGAUUUAUUGCUCAGGAAAUCUUGGAAUCAAACGAAUACUUGGGUCCGGUGUACUUCACCGUUUUCAUGAUACUCAUCUUUAUACUACUCAUCCACUUCCUGGUAACCAUCAUCUGUGAUGCCAUUGCUACCGGUGCCUACAUUUCCGAUGAUUUUAACGAAGAGUUGGCUGACUAUAUUUGGAAAAGUUUCCAGGGAAUAUUCGGGGUUUAUGUUCCUCCACCGAAAGAUGUGACAACAGAUGAAGUGAAAGAAACCGAGCUAAAUAGAACCUUACAAAUGGUUGAAGAAUCUUUGAAUGAAACCCUGGACGUUACAAACUGUCUUUGGGGACACAAAACAACGGAUGAGUCCUCUUCAACCACACACGAUCAUGAAAUCGCCCAACAGCAGUUCUCUAUUGAGCCAUUCCAACGACAGUCCGCUACUGAGCCAUCCCAAGGUAAAUGUGUAUUAAAAGACUUGCCUUCAACUUCAUCUGGUGUCAAGGAGCAAGUUGAGAAUCUCCUGAAAGCUCACGAAAAAGACACGGCUAAGUAUGAAGAAGCACAGAACGAAAACAAACGGCGUGCUGAGGCCAUGCUGAGGGGAAAACUGUCCGAAAGACGGAUGAAAACACAGAAGAAACCAGACAAUGAGAGGCAGGCCAUGGCCCAGUGUGCACAAGAGCUGAUGGAACAACAUGCUGCGGACGAGGACCGGUUGGAACAGCAACAAAGGAGGAACAGACGCCUGUCCCAGAGCAAACUUCGAAAGAAGAUGGCACUUCGUGGCAUGCAAAAAACAGAUAAUCUAAAAUAG